AUGAAUAAUAUUAAUAACAACAAUAAUAAUAAUUAUUAUCAAGAUAGAAAUGGUGGAGGUGGACCAAAUAAUAAUACAAAUAAUAAUAACCACCAAAACCAUCAUCACAAUAAUAAUCAUACUCACCAUAAUAAUCAUAACAACAGCCAUCAUCAUCAUCAUCAUCAACAAAUAUCAACUCAAUUCUCUGGUCCAAUUCCAAUCACAUUUUUAUCAAUUUUAAAAGAAGGUAAAAUUCAAUUGGGUGAAAUUUCAAAUUCUUGGGGUGAAAAUGGAGAUUGGCUAUUAAGAUCUUUAGUAAUGGCAAUAAAUCAAAUGUUAUCUGUAAAUGAUCAGUUUCCAAAUAACCAUUCUCAAUUUUUACCAGAACAUAUGAAAUUACCCAUGAUUACCAUUGAAGGAUAUAUCUCUAGAAUUAUAAAAUAUUCGCCAUGUUCAAAAGAAUGUUUCAUCAUUAUAUUAAUGUAUAUUGAUAGAUUAAUUCAAAAAAGAAAUUUCAUUGUAAAUAGUUAUAAUAUCCAUAGAAUUUUAAUCACCUGUGUUUUGGUUGCUGCAAAAUAUUUAGAUGAUAUUUUUUAUAAUAAUCAAUUUUAUUCCCAAGUUGGAGGUGUUAGUGUUAAAGAAAUUAAUGUGAUGGAAUUAGAUUUCUUAAAAUUAUUAUCAUUCGAUGUCAGUGCAAAUACUGAUGUGUAUUCUGUAUAUUUAGAAUUCUUUGAAAAAUACACUAAAAAAUUACAAUUGAGUUUAAACUUUCAACCAAAUACCAAACUAUUACCAUCCCCAAUCCCAAUUGAAAACCUUGUAAAUACUAAAAAAAACAAUAAUCAUACAAACAUUAAUAAUAUUAUGAAUAAUAUUAAUAAUAAUAAUAAUAAUAAUACCACUACCACAUCAUCUAAUAAAAAUAUAACCCCAAUUGUAAAUAAUAAUAACAAUAACAAUAAUGCUUCAAGUAAUAUUAUACUCAAAACAAAUAGAUCAAAUAGUAUUAGUAGUAUUGAACAAAAUAAUAAUAAUAAUAAUAAUAAUAAUAAUAAUAAUAAUAAUAAUAAUAAUAAUAAUAAUAAUAACAAUACUAAUAAUAAUAAUAAUAAUAGUAAUGAAGAAGAAGAAACGAAUUCUGGAGAUAAUUCAAAAAACAAUAGCAAUAAUUCCACCUAUCACCAUCUUCCAUUUCGAUAUCCACUCGUUGCCUAA